CGUUCUGCCUCGUUCGCACCACGCAUGCGCGGACUGUGUUGUCAGGGGUGACGUGUCCCGGUGACAGCCUGGCAGGAAGUGGCGGAGCUGGUAUCAGGGAGUCGCAGAGAUGCUGAAGAAGUUCGAUAAGAAGGACGAAGAGUCCGGUGGGGGCUCCAAUCCUUUCCAGCACUUGGAGAAAAGUGCAGUUCUUCAGGAGGCUCGUUUGUUUAAUGAGACUCCAAUCAACCCCCGAAAAUGUGCUCACAUACUGACCAAGAUCCUGUAUCUUAUAAACCAGGGGGAGCACAUGGGAGCCACAGAAGCAACAGAAGCUUUCUUUGCCAUGACCAAAUUGUUCCAGUCAAAUGAUCCAACACUGCGCAGGAUGUGUUACCUCACUAUAAAGGAGAUGGCGAGUAUCUCUGAGGAUGUGAUCAUUGUCACCAGUAGUUUAACCAAAGACAUGACCGGGAAAGAUGACAGCUACAGAGGCCCAGCAGUAAGAGCACUGUGUAAAAUCACAGAUAGCACCAUGCUGCAGGCCAUUGAACGCUACAUGAAACAGGCAAUUGUAGAUAAAGUGCCAAGUGUAUCCAGCUCUGCUCUUGUUUCUUCUCUGCACUUGCUGAAGACCAGUUUUGAUGUAGUGAAGCGCUGGGUCAAUGAAGCACAGGAAGCUGCCUCCAGUGAUAACAUCAUGGUGCAGUAUCACGCUCUUGGAUUGCUGUAUCACGUUCGUAAGAAUGAUCGUCUCUCUGUCAACAAAAUGCUAAGUAAAUUUAUGCGCCAUGGCCUGAAGUCUCCAUUCGCCUAUUGUAUGAUGAUUCGGGUGGCCAGCAAACUCCUUGAGGAGGAAGAUGGAAACCGGGACAGUCCCCUGUUUGAUUUCAUUGAGAGCUGCCUGAGAAAUAAGCAUGAAAUGGUUGUUUAUGAAGCUGCUUCAGCCAUUGUUAACCUUCCUUCCUGCACUGCCAAAGAACUGGCACCCGCAGUGUCUGUGUUACAGCUGUUCUGUAGUUCUCCAAAAGCCGCCCUGCGCUAUGCUGCUGUUAGGACACUUAACAAGGUGGCCAUGAAACAUCCAUCAGCUGUAACUGCCUGCAACUUGGACUUAGAGAAUCUGGUGACAGACUCCAAUCGAAGUAUUGCCACUUUGGCAAUCACUACAUUGCUGAAGACUGGCAGCGAGAGCAGCAUUGACCGACUCAUGAAACAGAUCUCAUCAUUCAUGUCUGAAAUCUCAGAUGAGUUCAAGGUGGUGGUUGUACAAGCGAUUAACGCUCUGUGUCAUAAGUAUCCUCGGAAGCAUGCAGUCAUGAUGAACUUCCUAUUCACAAUGCUCAGGGAAGAGGGUGGCUUUGAGUACAAGAGAGCCAUAGUCGAUUGUAUUAUCAGUAUCAUUGAAGAGAAUCCAGAAAGCAAAGAGACUGGACUGUCCCAUCUGUGCGAGUUCAUAGAGGACUGUGAGUUCACAGUUCUGGCAACCCGUAUCCUCCACCUCCUGGGACAGGAAGGACCUAGAACCUCAAGUCCAUCUAAGUACAUCCGCUUCAUUUAUAACCGAGUUAUAUUAGAGAAUGAAGAGGUUCGAGCAGGUGCUGUCAGUGCUUUGGCCAAAUUUGGUGCCCAAAAUGAAGACAUGUUACCUAGCGUUUUAGUAUUAUUGAGAAGGUGUGUAAUGGAUGAUGAUAAUGAAGUGAGAGACCGAGCUACAUUCUAUCUGAACAUUUUGGAGCAAAGACAAAAAGCUCUGAAUUCUUCUUACAUUCUUAAUGGGUUAACAGUGUCUAUUCCGGGAUUGGAGCGGGCAUUACAUCAAUACACGCUGGAUCCUACGGAAAAGCCAUUUGACCUCAAGUCUGUACCAUUGGCCACAACACCCAUCACAGAACAGAGAGCAGAAAAUGUGCCAGCUGCAGCAGUAAAACAACCAGAAAAAGUAGUAUCCAGUAGGCAGGACAUAUUUCAAGAACAACUUGCUGCUGUUCCAGAAUUUAUAAACCUUGGUCCUUUAUUCAAGUCUUCUCCUGAACCCAUUGCCCUUACUGAAUCAGAAACAGAAUAUGUGGUGCGGUGCACGAAGCAUACAUUUGCUAAUCACAUAGUGUUCCAGUUUGAUUGCACCAAUACACUAAAUGAUCAGAUCCUGGAGAAUGUCACUGUACAGAUGGAGCCAAUAGAGGGAUAUGAAGUCAUCUGCUGUGUACCCGUUAAGGCCCUGUCCUACAACCAGCCUGGAACCUGCUAUACUUUGGUCUCUAUACCCGAAGAAGAUCUUUCUGCAUAUUCGUGUACAUUCAGCUGCAUGUUGAAGUUUACUGUUAAGGAUUGUGAUCCUAACACUGGUGAAUCUGAGGAGGAGGGCUAUGACGAUGAAUAUGUGCUGGAAGACAUUGAGGUGACAGUGGUGGAUCACAUACAGAAAGUUCUGAAGCCAAACUUUGGUGCAGCUUGGGAGGAAGUGGGAGAUGAAUUUGAAAAAGAAGAGACUUUCAACUUGUCCACAAUCAAAACUUUGGAAGAUGCAGUUGGAAAUGUAAUAAAAUUCCUUGGAAUGCAGCCAUGUGAGAGGUCGGAUAAAGUACCAGAAAACAAAAAUGCACACACUUUGUAUCUCGCAGGUGUAUUUCGAGGUGGCCAUGACAUCUUGGUACGUGCAAAGCUGGUUUUGACAGACACCGUGACUAUGCAGGUUACAGCCCGGAGCAAGGAGGAGUAUCCAGUUGAUGCCAUCAUGGCUUCAGUGGGCUAAGAACGACAGCACCUUUAUACUGCAGAAAGAAAGGGAGUUACAUUGUACAGUACAUUAACCCUUUACAGCCCGAGGGUGCCUUGAACAUAUGGGAACACUAAAGCCUAGUAAAAUUCAAUCCUCUCGGUUUUACACUGCUUAGACAUCCGUUGGGGCGUUGCAGUCUACUAGUGAUUUAACAGAAAUAAAAUAAAUAAAUAAAAAAAGAAGAAACCCUAUCUUUUAUAGGUGGUCAGGUAAAAAGAAAUUACUGUCUUUGGGAAUCCUGUAAUUAUCGGAUCUGCUUUUGUAAUGAGAGAAAACCUGAUGACCUUUUCCUUGCUGAUAAAUUAUUUUAAAUAAUUAAAUUAUUUGAAAUUUGAUUUCCUUCUAUAUUGCCCUGCUCAGUUGGGAUAUUAUGUCUAUUCACCCCACCUUUCCUAUUUGUGAAGAACUCAUAUGUAAUGUUUCAAUAAAUGAAGCCCUAGUGUUACUUUAUGCCUCUUUCACAAUUUGGCUAACUCUAGGCGUCUAUUGGAUAAUAGUGGCCAAACUUUGGCUGCAAAAUUAGCACAAAAGUAAUUUAGAGGGGUAUCAGUGAGGUUCCUAUAAACAUGAGCUCUGAAGGUAACACAGCAAUUCCCCUAUAUACUAUUAUUUGUAAGGGAUAGUUAAUCCCUGCUACUAUAUGUAGAUAUACUAUUAAUAAAGAACAUCCUGGAAAAUAUACAUCACAUUCAUAUAUUGAAGGUGUUAUUCCACCUGCUAUUAUGAUAGGAAUAAUAUUGCCUAAAAAAGCUUAAACCUUUGUGUACCCCAGUGAUCCUUGAGCCCAGAUCUGCAUUAGUUUCAGGAAAGGGGCUUAAACCAAAACCUACAUUCUUUUAAUACUGGUGAGAUAUACCCAUAGAUUAUCCGUAACUUUACUUCCUUAAAGGGGUAUUCCAGGAAAAAACUUUGUUUAUAUAUCAACUGGCUCCAGAAACUUAAACAGAUUUGUAAAUUACUUCUAUUAAAAAAUCUUAAUCCUUCCAAUAAUUAUCAGCUGAUUAAGUUGACUUGUUCUUUUCUGUCUGGCCAUAGUGCUCUCUGCUGACAUCUCUGCUUGUCUCGGGAACUGCACAGAGCAGAAUAGGUUUACUAUGGGGAUUUGCUUCUACUUUGGACAGUUGCCAAGACAGGUGUCAUCAGAGAGCAUUUAGACAGAAAAGAACAACUCAACUUCAGCAGCUAAAAAGUACUGAAAGGAUUAAGAUUUUUUAAUAGAAGUAAUUUACAAAUCUGUUUAACUUUCUCGAGCCAGUUGAUAUAUAAAAAAAAGUUAAGAUUUCAGGGAGUGGUUAGAUUUAGUCAGGAUAUAGUUUUCUCUGCAAAGGUAAAAUACAUUUCUACACCAUUUUAAAAGCACUCUUUCCAUGACAAAUUGUGAAGUUUUUUUAUAUAGCCAAAUAGAAGUGUCAUUACUGUCCUGCACAAGCCAGUCACUUAUGGAAGAUGAUGCACUACCUUGUCAACUGUGUGUUUGGAGGAAUCUAAUCUGGUACAAUUCAUUCUCGGAACUUUGUAAAAUGUCCAGUGCUCUGGAGGAUAUCUGCUCAUGUAUACUGUAUACUCAAACUUUUGCUUUUUUUGUAUUAAAAAUAAGGCUAUUGUGAAACACCACAAUAAAACUAUAUACCAAAUUCUACUGU